GUGUCUGCAGGUCCCAGAAGCCAUUCUGUUCCUGUGGACUCCGCCUCAGGCCUGGCCACAGUGUAGGAACCUGGCACCCCCAGCCUCAAAGGUGCCCUGAGGUUGCUCUGAGCAUGGCGGAAGCUGCUGCUGACCUGAGUACAGGAGAAAAUCUAGAGCAAAAGAUCCUUCAGGUGCUGAGUGAAGCCGGGAGCCCUGUGAAGAUUGCCCAGCUGGUAAAGAAGUGCCACGUGCCCAAGAAAACACUCAACAAAAUCCUUUACCACCUGAAGGAGGAGGGCAAAGUAUCCUUAGAAGCCCCUGCAACAUGGUGCUUAGGCGGGGAUGCUCCUGGAGAUGAGGUUCCUGCAGUCCCCAAGGACCUCACUGCCCAUCCUAGCCUCGAUGAAAGAGUCUUCAGUUUCCUCAAGGACAAUGGGCCUCAAAAGGCCUUGCAUAUCGCCAAGGCUCUGGGAAUGAAGACGGCCAAAGAAGUGAACCCACACCUGUACAAGAUGAAAGAUAGACACCUUCUGAGCUAUGACGGGCAGACAUGGAUGAUUUAUGGCCCAAGUCAGAAAAGUCAAGAACUAGCUCAUUCUGGAGUGAGACAAGAGUCCACUGCGAUUAUUUACCAGCAGAAUCCAAUCAACAUGAUCUACCAACAGGGAACCAACAACCACAUCUCCAUCGCCAAUUCAGAAGCCAUCCAGAUCGGGCAUGGGAAUGCCAUGCUAAGACAGAUAGACUGUGAUCAAAGGGGUCCCAGGCCCCACCAUCCUCUCCCACUACCUGUAUCAGAGGACCCCUCUUCUCAGGACCCCCGACCUGGUGCCUGGGGAGAUCAGCACAUCCACAUGGAGAAGUCCAUGCUCCGACGUGUGCAGCUGGGCCACGGCAACGAAAUGAGCGUCCCGAGGGAGCCAGUGGAACACUCCGCUUAUAGCUUUACUGGCAGCCCCCCAGUCUCAGCCACCACUGCUGACCAAGGAACUUCAUUCACCAUGAAAACACCUGAGCCAGGCGCUCACCCUGAGGGGAACACCGCCCAGAGAGUCCACAUCAAAUCCUGCCUGCUGGAGGAUGCCACCAUUGGCAACAGCAACAAGAUGACCAUCCACACUACGUCAGAGGGUGGAGUCACGGAGUCUGGAGACAGCAAGGAGCCAAAAGAAGACACAGACUCAAGUUCCAAAGCCAUGCCGCGUGGAAGCUUCUCCCACACCAGCAACUCCACGCUGCUCACCUCUGAGCUGGGAACUAUGACUCUGGGAGACAGCGGCCCCCAGACCACAGGAACUGUGCUUAGGGCGGACGGAAUCUCGGACACAGGGAGCUGCCAGACUCAGGAGUGACGUGAGAGAAGACAGGUGGAGAAGGCACAGGCAAGCGGCCUUGGUGGGCUUCCUGUGGCCGCACACAGGGCUUGGACUAGACUUUUUGUGAUUUGGAUGUGAUGUACUGACAGGUGUUGACAGCCUGGUCCCAGGCUGAGACUGAUCGUUAUGAAGUGACAGGCUCCUGAGGGCCCUGAGGUCAUCCAUACACCGGUCUCUAGAAGGACUUGCUGUCUGAUAACAUCACUGGGAGGGAGUAGAGACUUUAGGAGGAUGAAGGAAAGGAGUCCCUGAAGACAUCAGGGUCUCAUGUAGUCCAGACUGGCUGUGAGUCACUAUGUAGCUAAGGGUGACCUUGAACUUCUGAUCUGCUCACCUCCACUUCCUGAGCACUGGGAUAACGGGUGGGUACCACCACAUCCAGUUUAUGAGAAGCUAAGGAUGGAAUUUCUUGCAUGUACACAAGUGCUCUACCCACGAAGACACAGCCACAGCCUGGGCCAUGCCCCUUCCUGUCUCUCGAUCCAUCUCUUCUUCCUGCCUGCCCUGAGGUAAGCGUCCCUCCUCUGCCUUGCCACAGACCAGAAAGCAAUGGAGCCAUGGGACCAUGGGCUGACACCAUUGCCACCAUGAACCAAACCAACCUUUCCUGCCUCAAGAUCGAUCAAUCAAUCAAUCAAUCAAUCAUGUGAGCCAGCUCUACCACUUCUGGGUGUUCACCACAUGGGACAAGUCAACAAAGCACAUAGAUAUCUGUACAUCCCUGUUGACUAUGCUCUGUUCACAGCAGUUGAGAAAUGAAACCAACCUUGCUGUCUGUCAAUAGAGGGAAUUCGGAGUGUGCGCACAGUCACAUAAAAAAAUGAGAAUGUGUCAUGUGCUGGAAAGUGGGUGUAACCAGAGACCACCAUGCUAAGUGAAUGAAGCCAUUCCAGGAAAAAAAAUCAUGUUUUCUCUCAUUUGUGGCUCCCAGAUUUUGCAUAGAUUUGUAGAAUCGCACACGUGGAUGUGACAUCAAAGUAGAGGUAAAGCCAGCAGGGGAUGAAAGGGACAGACGGGAGGACAGAGGAAACGGGGAGGGAGGGCUGUAUGUAUGUACAAAAGUGUACCUCCAAAACCCAGCACCACAUACAGUGCAUAAACGCCCGAGAUGAAAAGAAAACGUAAAGUCAGCACCUCCCACAGCUAGUGCUUCAUUUGACUAGAGAGCAUCUAAGUCACUCAGAAAACUGAGUUCAAGAAUUAAACCAGGGGCAGGUGAGAUGGCUCAGCCCAUGACCCAGGUUGGAAUUCCCAGAACCACACCAUGGAAGGAGAAAACACAGGUAUGCCAGCUGUCCUCUGACCUCCAGAGGUGUGCCUGGAGCACAGUGCCCCACAACCUCCCACCCCAACAAAAAAAAAUUUAAAACUCUUUUUAAAUUAGGAGAGAUGGCUCAGUGGUUAAGAGCACCUGCUGCUCUUGCAGAGGACCUGUGUUUGGUUCCUAGCACACACGGCAGGUGACUCACAAUGGCCCGUAACUCCAGUUCCAGGGGAUCCAAUGCCCUCAUCUGUCCUCCACAGGCACCUAGAUGUAUGUGCAUAUACAC